UACCCCCUCGUUCCAAUCGCCAACUUCCUGUCCUUCAUCAUCGUCUUAAUUCCUUUACCGUGGCUCCUCCAGCAUUGGAACACCGGAGCAUGGACACAUUCUGUCUGGUCCGCUCUACUUUGCUUCAUUACCGGGGUAAAUACCAUUAUAUGGGCAGACAAUGCGCAAAUCACGGCCGUCGCGUGGUGCGAUAUCACCGUCAGAAUUUUCCAUGCUGGGAGUCUUGCGAUCGUUACCACGAACUUCGUGAUGGCAAGACGCCUAUUUCUUAUAGUAAACAUGCGAAAUGCCUCGUCGGUGAUUGACAAGAGAAAGGCGAGACUAUUUGAUCUCUUUGUGUCCAUUGGGAUUCCUGUAUUAUCCGUUGCACUCUCAUGGUUCAUUCAAGGACACCGCUUUUCCAUUAUCGAGGGCCUUGGUUGUUUCUUUGCAUACUACAUAACACCACUCUACAUAGCACUAUACGAAGGAUGGCUUCUUCUCUUUGCAAUCCUAGCUGCAUUUUACAGUUGUUUGAUCCUCCGUACACUUAUACGGCGCAGGAAUGCUCUACGUGAGGUCACAAAAGUAAACCCGGAAAUCUCGCUUGAUCACUUCCGUACGGUAAUCGCAUUGGCAUGCGCGGAGUGUCUUUUUACACUGCCGUGCAGUAUCUACAUAUUCGUCAUGAACGUCGACCACGGAAUAUUUCCUUGGAAAGGUUUAGCAGACGCACAUUGGGGAUUCUCGGCUAUUUGGCAGAUCCCACAGGCAGAACUCGGGAGGAACGAGAUAAUCCUUGUGCAAUGGGAUAGCUGGAUCACCGUCUUCAAUGCUCUUGUGUUUUUCGUCUUCUUCGGGUUU